AUGAGGAAUCAUUUAUUUUAUGAUGACGGUCAGUAUUCUGUUCUCGGGAAAGGUAUUGGCGACAACGGUAGCGGAAACGAUUGUGAAUUCUCCAUGCAACAAACCGACACUAAAGCUGAUGAAUAUUCAGAAGUAGGUACUAUAACUUGGCAAGUGAAAAGCUUUUUUGUGAUGUUUUAUUAUGCAAGUCAAAGUAAAAUUUCUGUACUUUCAUUUAAAUGGAUUCGCUCCUUCAGUUUUCAUUAA